AUAUUCAACCCCGAAAGCCUGAUCAACCGAGUCAUCGACUCCCGCCUCGACAUCCUCGAUAUCCUCGGCAUCGGCGCUUACGGAACUGUUUACCUCGCCCAAGACCUCAGCACCUCUGAAUUCCUCGCUGUCAAAGCCCUUGGACACUCCAUCAACAACGGACCCUACCAAUCCAAGACGUCCAUGGUCCGUGAACUCACCCUUCAAGCCAGGUGUUCGGCUCAUCCGAAUGUGGUGAAGUUGCAUGAGGUGUUGGAGACAGGGGACGCUACGUAUUCCGUGAUGGAAAUGUGUACCGAGGGAGAUUUAUUCCGUGCGAUUACGCAGACGGCGGGGACGGGAUAUCCCGCUCCCGACGACGUGAGGAAAGAGUUGUUCUUGCAGGUGUUGGAUGCGGUGGAAUACAUGCACACCCGCGGGAUCUACCACCGUGAUCUCAAAUCAGAAAACAUUUUGAUCACCGACAACGGCGCCACAGCCAAGAUCGCCGACUUCGGACUCGCGACAACGAGGGAGGUUAGCACCGAUCGCGGCUGCGGCUCGACGUUCUAUAUGUCCCCCGAGAACGUCCGAGGUGACAUACCCUACCCCAACGACUCAAACGACGUAUGGUCCCUCGGCGUAAUCCUCAUCAACAUCCUCACCGGUCGGAACCCCUGGCCGUACGCGUGCCCGUCACAGCCACCUUACCACCAAUACCUCCAUGACCGCACGUUCUUGCAGAGUAUGCUACCGUGUUUGUCGGACGAGACUUGUGAGAUUCUUUAUCAUGUGCUUGAGCCGGAGUACGAGAGGAGGUGGACGGUGAGGGAGUUUAGGGAUGCGAUUGUUAGGUGUGGGAGGUUGAGU